AUGAAUGACGGCGCCAUCACAGUCAAAGACACACAUCAGCAGCCGCAUCAGAAUCCUCAAGCAAUCCCUCAGCCACCUAAGCCACCUGUCCCUCCCCAUUCCCCACCACACCCGCAUCGACAUGGCCAAUUCGGCAUCUCCUACUCUCCCUACAAAGCAGAUCGCUCCUGCAAGAACCAAGAGGAAGUGAGCCAAGACCUAGACAGACUAUCCGAAUACUCCUUCGUCCGCAUCUACGGAACGGACUGCGACCAAAUAAAGACAGUAACCAACGCCGCACGCCGGCGCAAAAUGCACGUCUUCGCCGGAAUCUACGAUCUGAAAGGCUUCCCAGACAGCCUGAAUGCUUUCGGCGAAGCUCUUCCCGGCCCGCACGGCAAGAAAGACUGGUCCAUCUUCCACACGAUAGCAGUCGGCAACGAGCUCGUAAACGCUGGGACGAACGCACCCGGUGACGUCGUGAGCGCUCUGAACAAAGCACGCUCUGUGCUUCGUUCCCAGGGCUACAAAGGCCCUGUAGUCACAGUCGAUACUUUCUCUGUGCUCCAAGCCCACCCAGAACUGUGCCAUGCCUCCGAUUACUGCGCCGCAAACUGUCAUGCCUUCUUUGAUGCCACGCGGCAGGCUGGUGGCGCGGGUGCGUAUGUUCUCGAGCAGGCGCGCGCUGUCUCUGCUGCCGCUGGUGGAAAGCGUACUAUGAUCACAGAAUCUGGGUGGCCGCAUGCUGGGGAUGUGAAUGGGGCUGCUAUUCCUUCUCCUCGGAACCAGGAAGUGGCUGUCGCGAGUUUGAGAAAGAGCUUUGAUCAUCGCCGUGAGGAUCUCGUGCUUUUUACUGCUUUUGAUGAUUUAUGGAAGGAUGAUAAUAUGUUCACCUUUAAUGCGGAGAAGUUCUGGGGAAUGCAUGGGGGUCUAUAG